AUAAAUCAUAUGGGCACAUCAUUCUAUUUGCAAGAUUCAAAGCGGUUGGAGCUCAGUCGUAUUAAAAAAUAUUAAAAAAAUAUAUAUUUUGUAAAUUCAAUUUACCCACAAUGCCAAUGUCCCAAGGAGAUGGCAGCUUCCACGGCAGUGGAGAUCUGACCAAGAACGACUCGAACUCGCAGGAAUCGGGGGAUGGGGCACCCAAUGCCUUUGCCGCCUGCCAGAAGCCCCGUCCGGAUGCCAAUUCCCUGCCGGUGCGGCAGUACCUCGACCAGACGGUGGCCCCCAUCCUGCUCCACGGACUGCAGGCCCUGGCCAGGGAUCGACCCAGUGACCCGGUCAGCUACCUGGCCACCUAUCUCCUGAAGAACAAGAACCGCUGCGACGAGGUCAACAUGGAGGAAACCUAAUCACCCGUAUUUUAUUUAUGCCGAUUUUCCUUCCACACAAAAUUAUGUCUUGUACACAACUUAUCGCUGAUUAAAAGCUGGCUUAAAGCU